AUGGGACCGCCAAAGCCCAAGCCCAGGGCCAAGACCUUCACUGGCUGUUGGACAUGCCGGGCCCGCAAGGUGAAAUGUGAUCUCGCGCGGCCGCACUGCAGCCGCUGCGAUAAGGCGCGAGUGGAAUGCCGGGGCUACGGCCUUCCCCUGUACUGGGUGAUGCAGGACGAGCUCUCGGUGCCGGCUUUCAAGCGCCAGGCGAGGAGUCUACCGCUAGGGAACCCGCACUGGCCUCCGGCCUCUGUGCACGGCGACGUCGUCGACGACUGCCUGCGGGAUAUCGAGCAGCUGGUGGAACGGAUGCCGCGCCCGGACGGUUUCUGGUCGGGACCCUUUGGCGUCUUCCGUCUGGACGGGGAGGUCACGGCUGCCACGGUACCGCCCUCGGGCAUAGCCGAGGAGGUUCUGCCCCUGCCAGCGGGCCUGGAGCUGAUGCUUGCCUCCCGGCGUUCGGACACACCCUCGACGGUGACGGCAGGCAACGCCGGAAGCAUCGACGACUACGACGAGGACCUGGACGGGGCGGUGCCUCGACAGCCCUCCACCGACAUCCUGCCCCUGGUCGCCUGGCCGUUCGAGGCCGAUGCGCGCACCGAUACUUUGCCCGUGCUUCAUGCCCGCAAUGCCUACAGCACCAUCUACGCUAACGAGGCCUUGGCAGUGGCUCGACGGAUGUCGUUGCGACCCGACCCUGCUUCCGGGCCGGUCCAGGAUCACGGUUGGGAUAGCAAGGUUGCCCUCAUGUACUCGCUGCUGGCCUCGUCCAGCGUCCACAUGAGCGGCGGCCGUCGCUCGUCGGAUGGCACGCACGCCAUCUCACGGUCAUUCCGUGUCCACGCCGUUUCCCACCUACGAAAGGCGCUGGGAUCACUGUCGGUGGCCAGCCGAGGUGAGGGCUACGACGGCCGUCGGCGAGGACAGGACGGUACCGCGAUAACGACGGCACCGCCCCACGUACCCGCGCAGCUCGAGGCCGUGCUCAAGGUGAUGCUGACGCUCGUGACAGCCGACAUCAUGGAUGGCCACAUGGACGAGUUCUGGAUCCAUCUCGACGCCACGCGCGCCCUGGUCCGGUGCCUGCAGCAUCGCGUGCCACCGGGGUCGUCCGGCGAGCACCUGGUCAACAUCGCGCGCUUCCUGCGCAUCAUCAGCGAUUCGACCGAUGUGACACUCGCACCGGUGGCAUGGACGACACCCAGCCGGGAAGCCGGCUUCGUCGGAGGCGGCCGCUCGCUCGAGUACACGUACGGGAUCACGGCACGUCUCGCCCUUCUGCUGAGCCGUGCUGGCCGCCUGGCCCGCAGCGCUGCCUACUACUACGCCACGCCGACUGGCCGGGCCGCGGAGCUCCCGCUUGCCUUUACCCAGGCCUGCGAUGCUCUCCUCGCCGACCUGACGGCCUGGCACAUCAGCCAGGAGACGCUGCCAUCCUUCUCGGAGAGCGAUGACGUUACGGGCCUGCUGGCAGCCAAGCACAUCCAUGCCUUUGCCGGCAGCAUCCAGAUAUACCUCUACGCUCGCGUCGUGUCCCCGGCUGUGGCGGCGGCGACAUCGCCGUCAGCGGCAUGGCCGUCCUCGGCCUCGAGAUUGCUCCUAGGAUCUCGCAUGACCGCCCUCGGCCACGCUGUGGUCGGCCACUUGGCUGACAUCGAGGCCAUCAAGGCACGCACUGGCUACGCCGCCGAUACACCUACCGCCACUAUCACGUGGCCCGGGUUCAUUGCGUCGUGCCAAGCUGGUCGCGACCCCGCGCUGCGAGCCGCGUGGACCAAGUGGUGGCGCCAGAUGGUGGGCUACGGGAUCGGUAAUAUCCACGACCUGUGGUCGGUAGUGCAGCAAGCGUGGGCUCUAGACGAGAGUGAGCCGUCAGAAUUGGACGUGCCCUGGGCGGCCGUCCUGCGACGUACGGGACGGCGCAUCCUCGCCAUCUGA